GCGCUCUUAAAGGGCCCGCGGGAGGAUGCUGGCGGCGGCGUUGCCGCGGGCCCUGUGCCGCCUGGCCGCACGGCGCUGCCCCGCGGGGCUGCCCCCGGCCCGGGCCGCCUGGCGCGGCGGGGCCCGCGGGGAGGAGCGCAGCGGCUGGUCGGGCUCCGCGCAGGGCCGGGGGACCCGGCCGGCCGGAGGGGCCCUGGCCCUCCUGGGAGCCUUCUCCCUCUUCCCCAGGGACCCCGAGGAGGACGGCGAGGACGCCAUCGUCCAGCUGCUGAAGCGAGCCAAGCUCAGCGUCAUGAAGGGCGAGCUGGGGGAGGCCGAGCAGCUCCUGCACCGGGCCCUGCGGCUGUCACACCGCUCCGACAACAGGCAGGCCAUCGUCUACACCUACAGCAUGAUGGCAAACGUGGCCUUCAUGCAGGGACAGCUGGACAAUGCAGAAAAGCUCUACAAAGCAAGUAUGAGCUAUUUGCUUGCCGGGGACACAAAGGAGGAUGACAAUGCAGUCCUUGAGAUGUCCCUCAAGCUGGCCAGUAUCUACGCUGCUCAGAAACAGCACAAGUUAGCCCUGGCGGGCUAUGAGUUCUGCAUCCUGACCUUAGAGGAGAAGAUUGCCAAGCAAAAGGACUUGCCUGAGGAUGUCUUACCAGCUGAAGAAAAGGCCAACACCCGUCUCUUGCUUGGGAUGAGCCUAGACUCCUAUGCUCGCUAUCUCCUAAACCUUAACGAGCUCUCAGUGGCCCAAAAAAUGUAUGAGAAGGCUCUGCAGAUAUCAAAUGAUGUUCAGGGGGAGACUCAUCCACAGACUGUGGUCCUGAUGAAUGACUUGGCAACUGUACUGGAUGCUCAGGGGCGUUAUGAUGAGGCAUACUCCUAUGUGAAGAGGGCAGCUGAGCUGGCAAAGGAGACUCAUCACCCUGAGGAGCACAUGGUGUUGAAUAACCUGGCAGCAAUUCUGAUGCACAAAGAUGACUUUCUGCAAGCAAAGCAAGUGUACAAAGAAGCUCUCAAGCAGGCACAAGAGAAGGGAGAUGUUGCUUCUGUCCAGCAUAUCCAGGAAGAACUAGCUGAGCUGGCCAAGAGGAGAAAGGGCUCCAAAUAAGUUGGGCCACAGAGUCCAACCUUGAGGUGGCUCACAGCAGCAAGGGUUGGUCAGUAUAAGCAGCCUGAAACCAGUUUGGUGCAAUUUUCCAGGGGAACAGCAACGAUAAGGACUGCUUAACAUAGAUGGGCUGCUACUGCUUAACAUAGAUGGGCUGCUACUGCUUAACAGCUUAGCCCAAAAUAAAGCUGUGAAAUCUUAAUUAUGUAAACUUGUGGUGUAGUCUAUGGUUAGAGUGACCUGCUAUGCUAGUGAUUUAAUUUUGUCUUGACUGCCAGCAAAGUGUGAGUCUAGCCUGGUAUUAAUACUUUCAGUUAAGUAAUUUGCUACUCCUGACUGUUCACAAAAGUAUUCAGUUUCAAAACACAGCAUUACUAAAGCUAAGUCAUGAAAAAGAGAACAGGCAGGAAUUGUCUCCCUCUUUACAUGCUGGUUAGCACAACAGGGUGUACUCUUGUCAGUGCUACCAGUUAAGUAUGUAAUAACUUCAACAGCAUUUCACAGACUGUACCUGUAUUAUGACAGAAGCUCCGUGUCCUUUUCAAACAGCUUGCCUGAAGAUCAAGCGUGGUUUUUUUUCUUCAGAGUAUUUAGCAUCCAAAGAUAGAACUGUGCCUUCUUGGAGGAGGGGUGAGGCUAUGUUACCAAAACAGAGCUGUUGUCAGAAAUAACACUCUGUUACCCCAGUCAAGAGCACACUGUGUGCCAAAGCUGUCGUCCUUCCUUGGAUAGGUCAGUGCUAGAAUGCUAAGGCUUCCCGUUGGAAAAGAUGGUAUGUACAAACGGUCACAUCUGUAAGCUACAUGCCUUCAUGUGAAUCUAGUGUGAACAGCCUGCUUAUACAACAGAAUUUCAGUUCUGCCCUGCUGGGAAGCUUAAUGUUAAAGCCAAAGGAGAAUUAAGCCAGAAGUUAUCAAAUCCAUAUUUAGCUAGGACAGUAGAACUACCUGUAGUUCUGUCACUAAGUAAGCGACAGACAUUUUAACCACUCAUUUGUAAGAACUUCAGCUGGUUGGUAUAACCCUUAUUGUUAACUGCAUCAUUAUUAGUUUACUUACAGUAGCAUUAGCUUAACUUUGAGCUAAGAAGAGGCACGCAGGUUUUCUAGAGUAGUUUUUCCAGCUUCAAUGAACAUAAGUCACAUACACAGCCUUUGUUCUCAGCAAGCUAGGAAGUAAAAAUAUGGCUGUUAGAGCCUUUCUGUUAGUACAAGCAUGCCUGUAACACAUUAGAGCCAACUUUUAAAGUUCUGGAUUUUGGUUUUUAAAAGUGGCAGACCUUAGAUGCUCCAGCAACAUUAACUGGGAACCCUGCAGCACCCCUAAGGGAAGUGUUUUGCCUGUUCUUGUGAACAUAGCUUGAUGCUGCAAAACAAGAGGGAGACACAGGAAAAGCAGAUGGAGAACUGAUCCCCUUUAUUGAUUGGUCUGAAUCCAGAAGUCACUGUCUACUGAAGACAUUGUGUGGAAAAAAAAAAAACCCUUGAGUUUUAUGAUGCAUGGGUUUUUCAAGUCUUAAAUGAUUUCAUAUCAGAAUCACAAAACAUAUAAAGAUGAAAGCAUUGUGAAAGCGCUGAUCAGAAAUCAGUUAAAAAUUUGUAGUAAACUACACUUUGUAAACAUGAUUUACAAACACCUUCCUGUUUGAAACGGGUCAGAUGUAAUUCCAUACUUGAAGAUUACUGGAAUUGUGGUAAACCCUAACUUCGGCUCUGGAGAGGUUUUUACACUGGAAAAGUCAGAACUCUGAUAACAAACUAAAAAGCAGCAACAUCUUAUGUGCAAAUGCCACUCAAGCUGUAUCUUAGGAGAAAGUGACUAUCCUACUUUGGCUGUCUUGCUGCUGCAGCAGCAAUAACAUGAAGCUUUGCAAUGAACAUGCUAUACUUACUGUACAGUUAGCAAAGACAUCUGGCUGUACAUGCCUCUUUACCUUGUAUUUGUUACACUAAGAAAGUAAGAACAAGUGAGUUUUAGAAUGGAACUUAACUCUCUGCUCCAAAUUCAAAUCUACAAAAAGGGCAGAUCAACGUGUUUUCCAGUACGUGGUGUUGUGGGAACAAAGAAGUUAAAAUAAGAGCACAGGUCUACAAACAGGAUGAAAGCUUCCCUACUUUUGAGCCAGAAGGGUAAAGGAUGGGAGGGUGAGAAAAAAAAAUAAAUCUAUCUUUGAGAAAGACUGCAAGAUUUAAGACUGCUGACUGAUCUAUCCUGAUGCAGUGUUUCAAAAAGUAGCACAAUAAUUCCAUAUUUGCAACACAGUGUCAAGUUUCCAAAUGAGUUCCUUUGGAUUAUUUUUUUCCUUUUUCACACUGAGGGCAGAAAAGCUUUCCUCUGAAGUACUCAGUAAAUUUGCUGUUGAUAAAUAGUUCUGUACAUCUUCCUGUUUGUAACUGGACCGUUACAGUCCUUUCAUAAGAUGUAGAGCUUACAUGGCUUAAGGUUACACAGCUGCAUUAUACCUUCCAUACAAUGUAUUGCAAAUACAGUGUUAAAUUAAAAAUAUUUGGACUGGAAAAUAA